AGCUGCAGUGUGUUGAUCAAUGGCUUGAGCAUAUCCCUGUUUUCCCGAUAGUGAAUAUUGGCGCUACGCGUUUACUUGGAAACAUCGCGAAAAAACACACUAAGCAUUUUCACACACAUCGCCUACACACGAUUACGUUAACCGGUGGUUUUUGAUGUUUACAAACGUUGGUGGUUAAAACAGAACAUUAGAGACCGGGUUUGUUAAGAGAUUCAUUGGCGGUGGCUGCAUCAUGUUUGGAAUUUACGGAGGUGUUGUAAUUAUUAAUGGCAAUGUGCAGUGAUUUGUUUUUUGGGCGAGCGAUGUAUUCCGGGAAAUCGUAUUUGAUUACAUAACGAAUACGGAACAAUAAGUAUGUCAGAUAAAUAUAUUACAGUACAGGAAGAACGUCUCGACGAGAGUGAGGCGUUACAUGUUGAAUGUGAACCUCACCAGUACGGGACGAAUGAUCUGGACCUCGUUACGUUCCGCGGGUUGGAGAAGCCAGAUGAGCCCGAGAAGAACGUGGAGACUCGGUGCGGAUAUAAAACGUGCAGACCCAGGUUUCUACAGCGCUUCAACAAUCCACCCGUGCUGUGCUUGUGUUUGUGCGUCUAUACACUAAUUCAUGGAUUCGCCGUGAACGGAAUAAACAACGUCAACACGACGUCGUACGAACGUCGCUUUGACCUCACUAGCAAGUCGGUCGGCUGGAUCACAAGCAGUUACGAUAUCUCUGCCGCGACGUGUGGCGUCAUCAUCGGUUAUUAUGGCAGCAGGCGAAAGAAAGGGUGCAUAUUGACAUUAGCGUUCCUCUUGUCCUCGAUCGGAUCCACGUGCAUGUACCUGCCCCAUUUUAUCACCACCCGGUAUGAGUGGGGUCAGGGUCAGUCGCAUCUUUGCUCGGAAACAAAGACGUCCUCGCCAUGUGCGGAGUCCGAUGGAGCCCUGCCGCACUUUCUGUCCCUCUUUGUGAUCGGUCAGCUACUUCACGGUAUCGGGGGCUCCACUCUGAUCACCGUCGGCUACUCCUUCAUUGACGACAGUGUACCGGCAGCAUCAUCGCCCAUGUAUAUAUCCAUGAUUGGGCUGUGCCAGAUGCUGGGUCCGAUGAUUGGAUUCCUUGUGGGUGGGGCACUGCUGGACCAAUACGUGGAUUUUGAGAGGAUUCCGCAGUCUGAGUGGAAGUUGACCCCGACUGACCCCAGGUGGGUGGGCGCGUGGUGGAGCGGCUUCUUCAUCUCCUCAAUCCUCAUGUUCAUAUUCGCGCUUCCAUUCACACUCUUCGGAGCAGAACUUCCAAGUGCCAAAAUCGUUCGAGAAACUCGAAUCUCCGAGACACAUAGCGAUAGCCGUCUUUUGUCAAAAGAAAAUGAAAAGAGUGACGUCAUUUCCGUCAGCAGAUUUCCAGACAUGCUAUGCCGUCUUCUGCGUAACCCAGCGUUCGUCUGCGUCGCAUUUGCUGCGUCAUUUAUGGGCCUUGUAACCGUCUCUGUUGCGACAUUCCUGCCAAAAUACAUACAAAGCAUAUACGGUGUUACGGCAUCAGCCGCCGCCACAUAUGCAGGCCUUAUAGUUAUCCCGGGGGCUGCGCUGGGUCAGAUGUUCGGUGGGUUCGUGAUUCGUCAGUGGAAGCUGAAAGUCCGCGGAAUACUGCGCCUCACGAUCCUGAUCGUGGUCCUUGCAAGCCUCUCCAAGUCCUGCUUCUUCAUCAACUGUGAUAUGGUGCUCUGGAAUACGGGCGUCAAUGACAGCACACCCGUUUCUAUAGAAACGCUAACACCGUGUAACCAGAACUGCCACUGUGACGAGAGUGUAUUUCAAGUCGUCUGCGACCAGAAUGGGCGGAAGUUCUAUUCCCCUUGUCUGGCUGGAUGUGAACUGGAGACAGGCAAAAACAUUUUUCCAAAGAGCUUUGAUACGACACCCAUCUUUGAAAACAAGGUGUAUUCAAACUGCAGAUGUGUGUCGUCAGUGGGGAAUAUGACGUCAUCGGUCUCGAGCGAGAACUGCGUGCCGUCCACGUGCAACUCGCUGUUAUAUAUAUUUCUCUUCGUCAUCUUUCUGUCGGCGUUCUUUGUAUCCGGAAGCACUGUGCCGGCGUUGACAGUAGUUUUGAGAUGCGCGGCCGACGAUGAGCGUACGUUUGCUUUGGGUCUGCUAAACUUCAUCGCAAGGAUCGUUGGGACUAUUCCGGGACCGAUUCUGUACGGGACGGCCAUCGACUCAACUUGCCUAGUCUGGGGCCACAAAUGCGAGCAAGAGACCUCUUGCUGGCAGUACAACAAGGCGCGCAUGGGCGAGUACCUGGCAUCGCUAGGCAUUGGCUUCACCGCAGUCGCCAUCUUUUUCUUCUCUCUCGCAUAUCGGCUGUACAAGCCGCCACUUAUCUUACAUAAAAAGGACACCAAGCCAGGGGAUUUGAGCAACGCGGAGUCUCCUGCAGGCAUUUGUGGUCACGCUCUGCCUUCAGUAGAGACCGCCAACGCGGAGGAGACCACCCAUUUUUAGCUUAUAAAAAUGUUAUAUGUAUGGUGUUAGUUUUUGUUAUGUACAGUGCUCUUAAAACAUCACGUUUAACUUAGUUCAAUGAAUAGGUUUGUCCAAUUAAGAUGCAAUACAAAUCCUGUAAAUAUUUUCAAUAUUAUUGUAUCAAGUUUUUAUAUGUUCAGUUCUCUUCGUUAACAAUAUUUGAUUUACAAAAGUUUGAAACAAACAUAUUUGAUCUUGAAUAAAGAUUUCCUAAUUUCCAAUGAAAUACCGUAUGUAUGCGACGAGGCUACCAUAUCUAUACGUAUUGUUUUAUAGGAUUCGGACACAUUUUUAUUCAGCUGACUCAAAUACAAGCUUGCAAAAGUACACUCUAGCAUUUAACAAUUUCACUCUAUGACGGUUACAAGAGUGCCGUAAGUAUAUGUAUAGGAUGCUGGAUUGUUUCCAUGGAGCUGUCCAUAAUCAACUAGCGCUAUUGUUAAGUUCCAAUGCACUGGAUUGUUAAGCAACAUUUAAAAUAAUAUACAUGUACAAUAUAUUGUUGAAAUAAUCGUUUAAUACAGCACUUAGUCACGUGUAUUGCUACAUACAUUUCAUACAACCGUCACAGCAUUACUGGAAUAAUGUUGUAAAAUAAAACAUUUCUGUGCAUUUACAGAAGUUUGCGCACGUCCAUCAUGAACCUAUCUAUACAUCGUUUUUAUAAAUUAAGCAUUUACAAGCAAUUGUUCUUUUACUUCAUAAAGUACACGCGUAGCCAUGUUAAAUAAUAUUUUUGUAUUUUUAACACUACACGUAUUGAUUUUUCCAAAAGUGAAUUUACUGAACUUGCUUAGUUUGUCACCGUGUAUACAUACUGUCUUUUGAGUUGUACUAUUUCAUAAAAAUCAACUGAAGAGAAACAGUAUCUCUAAACAGCUUUCACAUAAACCGUCUCGCUUGUUUUUUUUUGUGUGUGUCUGUGAAUUCAAUAUUUUAGAAUGCUUUCUUUCUAUAUCACAAACUUCCUUAAUGCUAAAUUAGCAGGUCUUGAAUUCGACAUGAUUUGAUAAUUAAGAAAAACGCGUAUAAGUUUAUACCGUCGUAAAACACAGCAAAGCUGAAACUCAGCCAAAUUUUUAGCCAAAUCCAUAUUAAUAACAUGUUAUGCGUCGUUUCUCUUAAAUUGAAUUAAAUUUAAACGAUUAUUUUGUAUCAUGUUUGAGAUCUUAUUGUGCUACUAUUUCAUUAACUGACCAAUCACAUGACAUUAUUUAGGCGAAAUAACUUUCUGAAAAUCAAGUGACGUCAUUAACAUGUCUUACAAAAUUGAUAAUGAUAUUUUAGUAAAAUUAUACGGUUUUAAGCCGUUUAAAACAUAUGAUCAAACAUAUAGGUCUCUCGUUUUAUUUCUUAGAAAAGCAUGCCAAAGGCUAGCUUUGUAACAAUCUUCCAGAACUUAUUAAUAAAUGAAGAACGAAAGGACAAUGUUGUGCCGAUGGGUCAACCCAUCGUCCUCUGUUUCAUGAAUGUUACACAGUGCCUCUUCAAUGCCGUUCAAAACGCAGCGAACAAAAAAUGCGUGAAUUUAAGAAUAUUCAAGUUACGCAUGGUGUAUCUCACAGUAGAAAACUGUUUUUACUUAGGGAUAAUUUUAGUGCCAACUAAUCUGUAUUAUUAUCAAUGCAAUUAAGCCAAAUAUUCACGGUGUUAAACACACAACUAUGUAUAUACUUCUUGUAAUUUGUAUAUUUAGUGAGUAGGCUUACAAGCUUAGGUAAUGGCAUUAUUUACGAAGGGUGUUGGUACUUAAAUCGUCAAUUACCAUGUUCAGACAAUAAAUACUAUGUAUAAAAGUGCAUAUUUUAACACACUUGUAUUGUGAUCACGUUUGACAAAAAGUUUGUCUAAGCAACGCGUAUUUCGUGUUGAUGAUAAUUAAAACAUCACAACAAAAUCGACCUCAAUCUAUAUUAUAGUGUAAAUAAAUGUUAUACACGUACUGGUAUCGGACACUAGUACCGCACCUAUUAACUAUUCACACUCAAUGCAUUUGUAAAUAAAAUAUAUGUAUUGAUAUUUGUUCGCGUAUUUUCACACUAAAAUGCAAGUAUUGUAAAUACAAAUGUUGACAUUAGUUUGUAUUAAAUUACUAUUUUGUUUGAUUGGUUGCAAUAUACUGAACUACUCUUGCCAAUUCAUGAAUUACGAGUACAUGUAUACUAAUUGUAAUCAAUAGAGAAUUUAUAUCAAAUAAGUAUUAUGUGUUAUAGUGCAAUAUUUUCCUUGAAAAAAGUGACGGGUUGGUAUCACAGGUAUCUUUAAGAAAAAAAUAGUCUGCAUACUAUGAAUAUAUGCUAGGGAUACAACUGUCAACUUUCCUGCACAACACCAUGGUCUGAACAAAAGCAAACUCCUCGCUCCAAAAGAAUUAAUUACGCCAAAUAAACUGCAUACCAAAGACAAUUAUCUUCCAGAAACAGUACGCUUGGCAAUAAACUACGAGCUUUUCAUUAAAUUAGGACAGAAGGUUUCAUUCAAAAAGGCUCAAAAAUCCUUACUUUGACACAGGUGUGCACGGUCGAAAACUGAUCAUUGAAGAUUUAAUUUACAUAUCCCUUUAAAAUUAAGCUCGUUUGUAGGUACAUAUUCCUUGUCUUGUUUCUUUUCAUAUUUGAAUAGAACAUAACUACAAUUAAAUGUGUUUUGCUAGAAAAUUGUUUACUUUCAUGUUGUACAAUUCACUUAAUGAAUUUCAAACAGGAAAUUUGAUUGGUUAAAUCUGCGUAGCAGUAAACAUCCAGCCAAUCACAUGCCACGUUACAUUACCUGACAAAUUGCAUACACAUCCUUGAAGAUUUUAAAUCAUGUAAAAAAAUACGGUACACAAAUGCAGUUACAUGCCAUCAAGUUAGUUGUCUACUUUCAUUCAUAUACUGUCGUUGGAUUAUAAAACAAGGUAAAACUUGAUAAACUUUUCAGUAAUUAUUAAAUUAUGGAACAAAAUGUGUCAAAGUGACUGUGCACACCUGUGUCCAAGUUCAAUUUUUUUUUACAGUUUUUCAUGACAUUUUCGUUUCAAACUAAACUAUUUACACGUUUACUGCUAUUAACUUAAUCUUAUCGGGAAGAUAACUGUAUUGGCUGUUGUUAUACAGUUUAUUUGCUGUAAUUAUUGGUUUUGGGAGCGAUUUGUUUGCUUCUGCUCAGACCAAGGUGGUGUACAGGAAAUUUGACAGUUGUAUCCAUUGUAUAUGAUCAUAGUAUGUAGUUGUAUCCAUUGUAUAUGAUCAUUGUAUGUAGACUAUUUGACAGUUGUAUCCAUUGUAUAUGAUCAUAGUAUGUAGUUGUAUCCAUUGUAUAUGAUCAUAGUAUGAAGACUAUUUUUCUUAAAGGUCUCUGUGGUUGGUAUACGACGACACUCAUUGCCUUUCAAAUUGUCGCCCUUUGUUAUGUUUCAAUAAAGUAUAUCAAUAACUAUUUCAUUGUUAUUUUUAUAGUUUAAAUAAGUUUAUGGUGAAAUACCUCUAACAAUUGUUCUUAGUAUUACCUACCUCUGACUUUUAAGUUUGAAAUAUUGGUAAUUGAAGUACAUUACUGUAUAUGCUUUGGUGUAUUUAUUUUUAUGUUUAUAACAUAUAGUUUUAUGAGACCGUGAAGCAGUUGUAUUGUGUGUAUGCUUCAGUUGUUACCUGGACCUGUAUUAAUCAAUAGAUUCUAAGACUUGACAAUCUAGAAUAGACUUAUAUAACAAGAUAAAGUCUUCAAAGUUUGAAUAUACUCGGGCUAGAAAUGAUGCUUUAUCGUUUAGAUUGUUCAACAUUAAUAAUGAUGUGAUUAUAGUUUUUAACUACCACGCUAGCCUUAACUUUCAAGAACUUCUGAAACAUUAGAGUGUUAAGAAUAUACUGUACUUUGAGACUUUAGUCAACUAAUCGGUUGGUGAAUACGGGCCAUGGACUGAUUGUUAUUCUUGUGAAGAUUGUGAAAAUUUUGUAAAAUAAAAUUAUUAUAACCAUA